AUGUUGCAGCCAGAGGUUUCCGUUGAGGCCAAGACCUCCCCCCUGAAAAGGCGCCUCAGCGCGGCCACGAACACCGUUGCCCAGCAUGCUGCAAAACACAUGGGACUUGGCAUAGUCUGCGCGGUAGCAUACUUCGAUCCGGGAAACUGGGGAGUGGAUUUGCAAGCCGGUAGCCAGUAUGGCUACAAGUUGCUUUUCGUAGUGCUUGUAGCCGGGCUUAUUGCGGUUUUCUGGCAGAUCCAGGCCAACAAACUAGGAUGCGUGACCGGGAUGGAUCUUGCGUCUCAUUGCCGGUUGCUACUUCACAAUCGUCCGAAACGCACCCGACUCUACCGUUGGUGCUUGCUCUAUCCUCUGUACGCCCUGUCGGAGGUGGCCAUCAUCAGUACGGAUCUAGCCGAGCUCCUGGGAUCCGCAAUCGCCAUCGUGUUACUGUUCCCCAGUAUCCCGCUUUGGACAGCAGUUCUGUUAACAGCCACGGACGUGAUAUUUUUACUGCUACUGAGCGAUCCUUUACGGAGCAAGCCAGUGAAGAGUUUCGAAAUCCUUAUCGGUCUCUUGGUCUGUGGCAUAUUGAUUUGCAUCGCAAUCGUUAUUGGAAGGACCAAUGUCGAUUGGGCGAAAGCGUUCGACGGGUUUCUACCCUCAAAGACCCUCUUCAAGUCUGGAGGCCUAUAUACAUCCGUUGGCGUGCUCGGUGCUACCGUCAUGCCUCACAGUCUCUUCCUUGGCUCAGCCCUAGCCACUCAAGACAGGGCCUGUAUCUCACCCCCUGCGGAGCUAGCAAUCGAGGACUUGCCCAUACAUCGUGCCGUACCGCGAACGAGGACCCUGAAGACGCUUGCAGACACUUGCUCAUCGGCAUUUCAUAUGGGAGCUAUCGACUCCUCUGACAAACCGAAGUGUCACGCGGAGCAUAAGAACAAUUCGUAUGAAUUCGUCCGAGCCCACCUCUACCAUGGCAUCGUCAACGUCGUCAUCAGCCUGGUGGGACUCGCUGUAUGCAUCAACUCAUUAAUACUCGUUCUUUCGUCCGCCGUGUUCUUCUAUGGUGGCAUGAGUAGAAGCGCAGACGCAGCUAGCCUCUUUGAUGCACACAGCGUGAUCCGCGAUGUUAUUGGCAAACCUGCAGCUACUCUUUUCGCCAUUGCUUUGCUUUGUGCCGGGCAAAGUGCCAGUAUAGUCGCUACCUUGGGCGGACAAGUGGUCAGCGAAGGCUUUAUACAUUGGAAGAUUUCACCCGUCUUGCGACGGUUAAUCACCCGUCUCCUCGGACUGAUUCCAUCUAUGAUUGUGGCUCUGGCCGUUGGGCGCGGUGGUAUCAACACCCUGCUCGUCAUAUCGCAGGUCACCCUGUCGAUGGUUCUUCCUUUCAUCACUUUCCCUCUCGUCUGGCUCACGUCAUCGAAGGAAGUGAUGCAAGUACGAGGGGAGCCGCUGGGCCUGAUUGUCGAUCCCCCUUCGAUGGACUCCGCUUCCUUAUCUGCUCGGUCUGCAGCCAGCCUAGGUGCGGUACAGCACCCGGAGAAUAUGUCUGUCGAUGGCUCAGAGGAGACAGAACGAUGGGUUGAUUUCAGCAGCGGAAAAGUCAUCACCUGCUUGGGUUACGCUAUCUGGUUCGUCAUCGUCAUUGCGAAUGUGUAUGUUAUCGUUGCUUUGGCGCUGGGGCAAGGAACUUAGUCGAAUGUUUAACUUAUAUUAUGUAUACUGUCGCAACCUCGGGCUAG